AUGGGUUCCAUUCCUCGCGAAGAAGAGACUCUGGUCGACUUGACCAUUGUCGGCGGUGGACCGACGGGUCUUCUCACUGGAUACCUGGCUGAGUCGUUGGGUGUUUCCGUCUGCAUUAUUGAUGCAAAGGAAGGUCCUCUGGAGCUCGGAAGAGCCGAUGCGAUGAACGCGCGCACCCAGCAGGUUCUCGAGAUUGUUGGCAUCCUCGACGAUCUUCUUCCUGAGGGAAUUACCUGCAACACAAGUUCAACCUUCGCUGAGGGCGACUUCAAAUCCCGCCAAAGCCACUGGUGGACUGGCCUCGAGCACUGCUAUCGCAAGAACUUCUUGAUGCUCGGCCAGCCCGUCAUUGAGCAGGCUCUUGCGCAGAAGCUCAAGGCCAAGAUCUCUUACGGCGAGACCGUUUCGACCAUUGCGGAGGACAAGGCAGGUGUUACCGUUACCACCAGCAAGGGUCGCACGAUCCGCAGCAAGUAUGCGGUGGGAGCCGAUGGUGCGCGCUCCACCGUCCGCAAUGCGCUCGACAUCAGCUUCACCGGGACCAAGCCAGAGAUGAUCUGGGCCGUUUUGGACACAUUCAUCGACACUGACUUCCCUGUUUGCUCCGAGAUCAUCACCUUCCAGCUCAACGGCCAGAGCAGAGUCUCAUGGAUUCCCAGAGAGCGCAACAUGGCGCGCUUCUACAUCCUGCUGGACGGUGAGAUUACGCAAGAGAAGGCGGAGAACUCCAUCAGGGAGCACAUGGCACCUCAUCGGGUGGACUUCAAGAAGACGGAGUGGUUCAGCACGUUUGAUGUCAAGGAGCGUAUCGCGGGAACCUUUGUCUCCAAGAGCGGCGACGGGCGCAUCAUUUUGGCAGGUGACGCUGCCCAUGUUCACUCGGUGAACGGCGGCCAGGGCCUCAACACCGGUGUGGCUGACUCGUUCGCUCUGGCGUGGAGACUCGCCGAGGUCCUCACAAACGACAAGCUCAGCCAAGCUUCCGUCGAUAAGUUGAUCAAGAGUUACGACAUCGAGCGACGCACCGUGGCCCAGAGCGUCAUCGACGUCGCAGCGGCCCUGGUCAGAGACACCGUCCACACUGCAAAGCAGUACGUCUCCACAAUCGAAAAGAACGCCGGGUACAUCACAGGCAUGGGCGUAUCUUACGACGGCACCGGUUCGCCCCUUGUCGAGGGCACCACGGCGGGCUUCUGGACCGCUGGACGGCGCUGCCCGGACGUCUACCUGACACCUUCGUCCGAACAAGAGUCGAAGCGUCUGUAUGAGCUUGUCGCUGGCAAGUAUGGCAAGCACCUGGUGUUGAAGAUCGGACGACAGGAGGCCAGCGGAGCCGCCCCAGCAGAUGGUCUCAAGGAUGUGGCCAGAUUCUUCAGGGUCAUCCCCCACAAGGCGGAGCCUCGUACGACGACGGACCCCGAAGACUCUUCAUCAGUUUUUUCGGCUGAGUGGGUGGGCGAAGAUGACGAGUUCGUCGUUGUCGUCAGGCCAGACAUGUACAUUGGCUAUGUCGGCCAGGGCGAAGGCUGGAAGGAGUAUCUUGCCUACCUGACCCAGUAA